AUGGACCAUUUCAGAUCCAUACCAAAAGCUUCAUCAACCUUCCCUCUCACCCAUGGAUCCCCCGAACCAGAACCACUGGCAGUACCACCCUUCGAACGAUGGCAAUCCCGCAAAGAGACCGACUCCAUCACACCCGAUCUUGAAUCCCGCCGCUCCUCCCAUCGCCAUUUCUCAGACUGGAGUCAUCUAGACGGCGCUAAAUCUCCCUCCCACUCCCACUCCCAGUCCCAUUCGUAUUCCCGUCACAAACACAGUAAAUCCCGCGAACUGCGCUUCCCGCGGCCCAUGAGUUCACUCGCUUCGUCCGCCAGCGCUCGGGGCCUCUUACCCACCUGGUCCAGGGAUAAGGACCGAGAAGGAGAAGAUGGUCUCUUACGGCCGAUCACACGGGAAACAACACGAUCGCGGUGGGGGUCUGAUUCCACGGGAGUAGGUUCGCGACGCGGGAGUCUUCUGGAGGUCGAUCAGGAACAGUUAGGGCCGAUUCGAAGGACACGGGUCCAAUCGAUGGAGGAUUUAGAGCAGGUGAAAAAGAGGAGGAAACAGGGUGAACAGUAUCUACGAUCUGUCCUGAACUCAGUCGGAACCCAAGCUACUGACGUAACCAGACGACUUGACUAUACCUACUAUAGUCUUCUAGAAAAGAUAACAGCUCUCAACUCGACCAUUGCAUCAUUCCAGGAUCUUUCCGAUUCGGCAUCAACCCUUCUGAACGACUUUGAACGUGACACUGCAGGACUGGACCAAGGAAUCCGAAAACAAAUUAAUGAUCUCCGGGGCUUCGAACCGCAGAUUCAAAAAGCCGAUGCGCUCGAGAAGAGAAUGAAGCUUGGGCGAGAGCGUGUGCAGGAUCUCGGUCAACGACUGAAUAAUGUUCGCAGCCAGAUUGACCACUGGGAGAAAAGAGAAUCCGAGUGGCAGUCCCGCGUAAGUCGUCGACUACGGAUCUUCUGGGCAACAGUUAUGGGUGCUUUACUAGUCCUGGUAAUGGCACUUGUACUCCAGAAUUCGCCUACACAUACACAUCCACCUGCUCAAUCGAACAAGAGUAUGUGGAAUGAGACCUCCCUCGAUUUCAUCCCAAAUCUGGAUAAAGCGACCGACCCCAGUCAUUCCAGUUCAGAUACUGGAUCGUGGUAUCCGUCCAGUCUUGAAGAUCGACAACAAAGUCUGGCAGCGAGUAUAACAGUGACCGAUGCUGCAGCCCCAACUGAUGACCCUCUACGUGUAUUUGAUGAAUUGUGA